AGUGAAGGAUUUUUUGUAUCCGCCAUCUUAUCCUGAUCAUGUUUUUGUAUGUUAGUAAGACUGCUGUACUUCUUUCUAGGAUUCCAGUGAAGUGGGUGGUUCCAGCUGGAAAGAUUUGAAAAUCCUCCCGAAAGAGUCGGAGAUGGUGUCAGAGAUUUGCAGAGACAAACAACUGAGUAGAAGCAGGUAAGGACUCCUCGGUGGGAUUUGAUAAACUGGAAAUUUCAAGCUUACAUUGUCAAUCAAACAUCCCAACAUCAGAGAAGAAUGGCCAAGCAGAAAAUUAUGAAGGAAUUCUUUCUGCUUUUUGCAGUCAUCUGUAGCUCCGUGUCCAGUGAUGAAUGGAAGGCCACGGUUGUAAAAAGCAUUGACGCUCUGGUUGGAUCCUGUGUUGUGGUUGAACUAGUGCGAACAGAAAACAAUGACCCCACCAAGGACAAGUUCUCCUUUGUUGAAGACUGCGUUGAGUUGAACAUGAUCACUGAGCCUCCAAAGCCUACAUUGAUCCAACCAAAGACAGCCACUCAAGGAGAGCCCUACAUUGUCACCUGUUCAGUCAUCCACACCUGCCCCACUCAUGUUCCUAAACUCACAUGGAAUAUGGAUAGUACAAAGGUCAUUGUGCAUCAUAAAGAUAUUAAACAUGGAAACUGGGAGACACAGUCCAUCCUGACAGUUAUUCCUGAGGAGAAGGAUGACAACAGAGAGAUAACCUGCACUGCUGAAUUUAAUGGAGGGCUGAAAUCACCUGAAACUUUCACACUCCAUGUAAAACGUAUUGAGAACUGUAAUCACAUCAUCAUUCCUGCUGUAGUGGGGAUUGGUACAGCUCUGCUCUUUGGCAUCUUCUGCAUUUUCAUGGAAAAAAAAUACAACAUGUGGAACAGGCUUUCCAGGUUAUCUCGGAGGCAAUGACAUGAAAUCAAGAAGGGGACCAAAGUCAAAUGGUUACAUUCUUCUUCCCAUUUGCAUAUCAGCUUCAGUAAAAAUAAAUGAAUAAUAAGAAAAAUGUUUAAAAAACAAAACAAAAAUAUAAUAUAAAAAGCUAUAAGAAAAAAGGAAGACAGGAACAGCUUUUUCUUCAACAAUUAGCUUCUACCCUUUUUCAUUAACUAGUGUGAUGCUUUCUCUUUGUUUUCAUGCUUGAAAGGAUGUGCUAUCAUUUUUGCUUUAUGCCAGAAAUGUUAAGUAAUGUAAGCCCACCACUUCCUGUUUUCUAAACAGAUGUAUCAGUACUGUAAGACUCUUUUUGAACAAUAAAUCUUCAUUUAUCCAGA